AUUAUUAUCGAAUAAAAAAAACAGCCUAGCAAACGUUUUCAUCAAUUCUGAAGACAUAUAUUUUUGCAGGUGCAUUUAAAUGUUGUAAGCGGUUACAAAUAAUUUGCAGUGAUAGAAGCAAUAUUAUUAACCGACAUCUUGAAAUUGGAAAUCUCAGACGUCAUAAACUUGAAAAGACAAUAUGACAAGCACAAGAAGAAGAAACGAUGAAUUUUUACCACCAGCUCUUUUUAAAUUUGACCAUUUAGAAAGAAGUGUACAGGAGCACUUGAAGAAAGUUUAUGGAACUCUGUCUAUAUCCAUGAUAGCUGCUGGUGUAGGUGCCUAUGUCCACCUGUUCACUGGUCUUAUGAGGGCCAGUUUCAUCACCUCAUUAGCCUCUAUUGGAUUAAUGAUAUGGUUGGCACUCACACAUCACUCAAAAGAGACACAGAUGAAAAGAAUGGCCAUCUUUACAGGUUUCACUUUCUUCAGUGGAAUGUCACUUGGUCCAGUCAUGGAUUGGGUUAUAGACAUUGAUCCAAGCAUAAUAUCAACAGCUUUUAUGGCCACAACGGUGAUUUUUGUCAGCUUUUCCUUGGCUGCAUUGUACAACACAGACAGAACCUUUUUAUACAUGGGUGGGUUUUUGAUGUCUGGACUAAGUUGGUUGAUGCUGUUGGGAUUGAUGAACAUUUUCUUCCAGUCUCAGAUGAUUUGGGAUUUGUACCUCCAUGUUGGAUUAUUGAUUUUCUGUGCCUUUGUCCUGUAUGACACGCAACUUAUCAUUGAGAGAAAACGCAAUGGAGAUGAUGACUUUAUCUGGCAUAGUGUGGAUUUGUUCCUGGACUUCAUCAACAUCUUCCGUAAACUGAUGAUCAUCUUAGGCAAAAAAGAAAAGAAGAAGGAGUAAAGAAAAAGAAUCAGAUAAAUGGACAGAAUUAAAGAACUUUAUUUUCUCAAUGACUUCUGGCAUCUUUAUCUGAAAGAUGGAGAGAAAAAUAUAAAUAAAAUUGAAUUUAACUAUUAAACUUCUUACUGAUUUCCUAUGUUGUGAUACUUUGCUUAUUUUGUAGAUCUAAGAUUCUGUCAAAGUUACUUAUUGGUUAUUUUUUGAGAAUUUUAAUUUACCUAGAAAGAAACAUAACAUUUAACUUACUUCAUCUAGCAAAGCAAUAUACAAAAAUUUGUAUCUGCAAAAUAUUAAAACCCCGAAAUCAAGACUUUUUUUACAUCAGUAGGCACAAGUUAAAUGACUCUAACAGUGCUAAGAAAAUUUUU